AUGGCUGCGAAUACUAAUACUGCUAAUUUCAAUACCACCGCUGCAGUGAUACCUGGUAAUCUCUCUCCCAAUAGCCCUAACCAAUCGAAUCGUGCCAUGAAGGCGGCUUCUUCGCCCUGGACUGAAAUGUUCCGUGGAGAAAACGACCCGAUCGCGGGUAUUUCAUUAACGCCUUCAUCCUCUUCGUCAUCGCCGCCAUCAACCGCCCUGACCGAACCUCCUGUGGGGACGGAGGACGAAGAGGAAGGUGUCGAGAGUGAGAACGCUGGGCCUAAUGGCAAUGCCGGUAAGAAGACAGCAUGGAACAAACCUUCUAACGCCGAUGCCAAGGUUGGGCCGGUUAUGGGGACCAACAAGUGGCCUGCUUUGUCUGAGUCCGCUAAGGUUCCUUCCAAAUCCUCUUCUGAUUCACCCCGAGCUUUGUCGGAUGGAUCAUCGUCUUCUCCUUCCGAUGCUCCAGUUUCUCAGGGAAAUGGAAGCGUGUUAUCAUCCCCGACACAGAAACCAGUCAGCAACAAUUCAAACACAAGUUUGAAUAUGACUCCAAACCAUAUCACUCCUACACGCCAGAAGUCAAUGAGACGUAAUAGUAAUAUCUCAGCAUCCAAUGGCGGUCUCUCUCAGUCUCUGCCUCAAGGUCCUGUGGUUGAAUCACCUGUUAAUAGCCCCUCUUCUAGGAAUCAUGUACAGAGAAGUGGAUUUGUAUCACAGUCUCAUACUGGCGGUAAUGAUCACCCACACCCACGGAAUUCAUACAGGCAUCGUAAUGGUGGUCCGCAUCCACGAGGAGAUGGUUCUCACCAUCAGAAUUUUGGAGGCAGGCGCAAUCAAGAUCAUGGAAGUCAUGAGUGGAGUGGUAGAAACUUUAAUAACAGAGAUGCAUACAUGCAACCAAGGGCUGCCCCUAGGGUAAUGAGGCAUCCACCACCACCUCCUGUGCCUAAUACUAUACCUUUUAUUGCACAUACUCCUAUGAGGCCUUUUGGCACCCCAAUGGGGUAUUCUGAUAUGGCAUCCCUUUAUAUGGUCCCAGCAGCUCCUCCAGAUUCACUUAGAGGUUUUUCAUUUGUUGCACCAAUGCCCCCAGUGUUUUUCCCAGCUCCGGAGCCUCAUGACAAUCAGUUGCAUGCUAGUAUAGUCAAUCAGAUAGAUUAUUAUUUCAGUAAUGAAAAUCUAAUUAAGGACACCUACUUGAGGCAGAACAUGGAUGAGCAGGGCUGGGUUCCUAUUAAAUUAAUAGCCGGCUUCAAAAAGGUUACACUAUUGACAGAUAAUAGUCAGCUUAUAACGGAUGCUCUGCAAAGUUCAACAGUUGUUGAAGUACUGGGUGAUAAAGUAAGGAAGAGGAACAAUUGGAUGCAGUGGAUAAUGCCACCUUCUGUUCAAUUCCCUACCAUAUCUGGUCAGGAUACGCUGGUGGCUUGUGUUCAGAAUAUUUCACUGGAUCAGAGUAAUACAAACCAGAGUGGUGCAAUGAGCCAAGAAGAUUCUAAUGAUGGUGGGCUAUCAGGUAGAUCAUCAUUUGUGGACUUUGUUAACCAGCCAGAGCUAUAUAACAGCGGGGGAAGUGCCAUCGGUGCUCAAGUUGGUCCAGCAAAUAAUUCAAAUUAA